UGAACCAUAGGGUGUGUUAGUACUUUUUGAUAUGAUAAGUGUUUUAUGGAAGUUGUAGAUUUUUAUUCCGUUUCCUUUCUUUCGUUCGAUUAUUGAAUAUAUUUUCUUUAAAAAACAUUUAUUUUUACUAUACAAAAUGCCUCUGUGCUCCCCGUCGUUGUCGCUUUGUGGUAUCAUCAUUAGUAUUUGGGGAGUCAUUCAAUUAGUACUGAUGGGAUUCUUUUACAAAAUGCAUAGUUUAGCAUUAGCUGAAGAUUUACCUGGUUUAGAGGGAAAUGUCUCCACGCCUGAUCUAGUACGGGCCGCUGCGAAUAUGGGUUAUGAACAGAACGCGUUCAAUUGUUGGAUCGCGGCGUGCCUUUAUAUUAUCACACUUUUAGUAUCGGGCCAUCAAUUUUAUUUAAACAGUCGUAAUUCGAUAAGCAUGUAAAUUGUAAAAAAGAAAAAACUUGUGUACAUUGUUCAUUUUAGAUUAACUUGUAUAAUAAUGAUUAGAUAGUGGAUUUUACUUUUACCAUUCCAUAUAUUGAUUUAGUUAAUUGUCUGCAUGAAUAUAUUAUAAAUAAAAUACGUGUUUUAAAUAAGAA